AUGAAAGCGUCUACUCUAAUAGCAGACAUUGUUCCUGGAGAUGUCCAGCUUUCCAUACAAGUCGAUAUUUUGGAAACGCUUGUGAUACUCUCUGGUCAAGUUUCACUGCAAAAUGGAGCUCGCAAUAUCAGUGUGGCAGAAAUUGUCAUUGGUGAUCAGAGCGGAGUAGCCAUUUUGGAAUUGAUUGAUGAUCAGAUCGCUCAAUUGAAACAAGGCAUGCAUGUUACUCUUUAUAACGUAACUUGCAAAAUAUCUCGAGGGUUCGCUAGACUCCGAUCUGAGCCAUUCAAAUUCCAAAACGAAUCUGAUGGUCAUUAUAAUCAAGAUAUCAACUAUAGCCACAACAUCUCUAAUAUUGAAUACGAGCCUAUUUUGGCAGCUCUAAUGGAAAACUAG